AUGUUCUUGCUCCUUUCUAUAGUUUUGAUCCGUGCGUGUGCACUGGCGCGCCGUGCGGCGCGUGCUACCCGUACACGACAAAACCGUGCGUGCAUUCCCGGAACGAUCUCCGGCCGUGCUCCGUGUGCCCGGGCGGCGGGUGCUCGCCAUGCCCGGCGCCCGUUCGGCCGUGUCCGGCUCCGUGCCCGCCAUGUCCUGUACUACCGUGUUUGCCAGAGUGCCCACCAUGUGACAAGGUGUAUCCGUCUGUUCCUGUGCCGCCUAACAUCUGCCCAUCCGUCGCCAUCCCCUGCUGCCGGCCCAACCGCUGCAAGCCGUGCCCCUGCUACUGCUGUGAAGGGCCCGGCUGCUGCAUACCGAAACGCUGCAGCUACCCUGGUGCGCCCGUCUGCUGUGGCUGCAAAGGACCAUGCAUGCCAAUCUGAUUAUGGCAAAACAAUACCUCCUCCAUGUCCUAAAAAUGAAGUAUAUCGCUGUCAGAACACCUGCCCGCCGGACGGCUGCGUCACCUUAUACGCGGCUUUCGAUUGCAUUGCCAACCAAACUUGUGUUAACGGCUGUUAUUGCAAAGACGAUUACCUGAGGAUAGGUCGAAAUGGCCCGUGCGUUCCCAGGGACCAGUGUCCCCCGCGUAAAACAGAAACCGAUGACAGUGAAGUUCCUACUGUUCCUGUGACGAGUGUCCCUCGAAGAUGCCCGCCAAAUGAGGAGCUCAAGUUAAGAGGGUCCUGCCCCCCGGAUACUUGCGACAUGCUCUACAUUUCCGUUUUCUGCAUCGCAAACCAAACUCAAGAACUUUUAUGCACUUGUAAAUCAGGCUAUCUGAGGAGGAACACUACCUGUGUGCCUGAAGAUAGGUGUCUACCACCCGAAUGCGCCGAUGACCCCAACGCUAUAAGAGGAUGUGGCAAUAGAUGCGGAAAAACAUGCGCGGAUUACAACAAUACGACCAAAGUGUGUAACAACAAUGUAUGCCAUAUUAACGGAUGCGACUGUAAAGAUGGAUUGGUUUAUGAUCAAAACACAAAUAGAUGCGUUAAACCCGAACAGUGCACCAAGCAAUGCAAGGGAUCGCAUGAAAUAUACAUUGACUGUCCAGCCGGACAAUGUAAAGCCAAAACUUGUGAUGACCUGGUGAAUCCACCUGGUUGUCCAAGAAUAAAACCUCCGUGCCCAGGAGGCUGUGUUUGCGAAGAUGGAUAUUUCAGAGACAAGAGUGGAAAAUGCAUACCGAAGGAACAGUGUCCUUCUCUGCAAUGUAAAAAGAAAAACGAACGCUGGUCAAACUGCGUGAUCGGAGAAUGCGUUCCAAGGGCUUGCGAAGACGUUGGAUAUCCAGUAGCCUGCCCAGACAUUAUUGGCCCCUGCGCUGGUGGCUGUACUUGCAUUGAAGGCUUCGUAAAAAACAGUAAAGGAGAUUGUAUUGACAUGAAGGAUUGUCCAUCUUGUGGAGGAGAUCCUAACGCAGUAAGUGGUUGCGGUAACCCAUGUGGUAAAACUUGCGCAAGUCUGUAUGCGAACAAUUCCGACUUGAUCUGCCCCCAGUAUUGCGAGUACAAUGGCUGCGACUGCAAAUCCGGAUACCGUCUUCUAACAGACAGCACGGAUAGCACGGAAUCUAAAAAAUGUGUUCCGGAGAGUGAAUGUCCUAAGCGUAAGUUGCUUUGAGCAU